UAGGUAACUCUCCACCGACACAAACUAGCUGGAAAUCUGCGCAUUCAUUCAGUCUUGGGGCUACCAUGAUGAACACCGGCCGACAGCUUCCGACGCCGGUUGUCAUAAGCACGAACACGAUUCGUGGCAUUCCCCGCACUAGGGACGAUGCGUUGCGUUCUGACGUUCUGUACAGCAACCAAGACGUCGAGAUCGCGCAGUGAUGCUUACCAUGUGUAUCUGCACCUAUGUGUCCCAUCUCGCUCUUGGAGCCUGGUCCGAACCUCUAACACACUUUACGCGGGAGUGAUUACCGCAUCGCCCUGUUGAUCUACGAGCGCCCUAGUGCGUAACGCCCGAAAUUGCUCUACGAUCGGGACGCGGGAGGAGCAGCAGAUGAGAAACAGAAGCCGUGGGCACACCGUGAAUCGUGCUGGUAACCAGAAGCCUCGUCUGCCAGGAUACCGAGAACUCGACGACACGGGGAUUGUAUCACAUCAAUCAAUGUUGUUUGCACGCGAAGCAGCGAUGCGCGAAUAGCACCGGGAGGACAAUCCUCCGAAUCUGGAAGAGCAACCAACCGCGCGCGCGACGUACGUUCUGUCCUUCGAUCUGACGUCGAGCGCGAUGAAAGAGAUGGGGAGAUGACGACGCAGUGUGAUUUCUUUCAUCAAGUGUGUCGUGCAUCUGGGAAGCGCAGCGCAGCGCUGAUCAGACGGGUUACCGGACGUCCUUGUGCUACUACAAGGCACGCCAGCUGGUGUGAGUCACCGGGCGAAUCGACAUCUCUGGCACACUGGCUCGUUCUGCAAUCAGCAUCCGUUGUCUAGUCGCUCCCAUUCCGGCUGUUCUGGGUCUGACUGUGCAACGAACGGUGAUAGCAUCUGCGCCAGGACGCCCAGUCUGUUCCUCUGCUUGCUCAGAUCUUGACGGUCACCUAGCCCGGUCCUUGUUCCGGCAGAUCGUCUAACGACCAUCGGCGAAAUGAAAUGGGAUCUGCCGGGCCAAUGUCGAGAGAAGAUGGUGCUCGACUGGGUAUUUCCCCGGGGCGGGGCUCAGGGACGAGCUAUGUAUGGUCUGCACCCCCAUGGGCUGCUCGAUCCGGAUGGCAGGCGCUGGCAGAUACAUCGACGGUUCCUGAUUUAUAUAGGGCGUGGAGGGUCUGCUGCGCUCGAUGGCGUCGCAAUCGUACUACGUCGAGUAUCCAGCGUCCCCCGACCGCGAGUUCGCGUGCCACCUGUGCGCCCUGUCGUUCGACCGGAACCACGAUCUGAAGCGGCACAUCGAGACGCACAGCGGCGAGCGGCCGUUCGUGUGCGAGCGGGGCUGCGGCAAGUCGUUCACGCGCAAGGACGCGCUGAAACGUCACCAGACGACAUUCCCGUUCUGUCCACCGGACCCGAGUGCGAAACCGAAGCCGAAACCGAGGCCGGUCUCGUCAGCAGCGUCGUACCAGCACCAGCACCAGCACCAGCACCAGAGCUACUAUGGCUCGGCAGGACCGAGCUCUCCCCAGGCGGCGGCAGCGGUGGCGGGAUACCCGGCGAGCCCGACCUCGCCCGCGGCCUACGCAGCACCCUACGGGUACGGGCCUCCAGCGAGCUCGCACUGGCCCUCGUCAGACCCACAGCAGCAGCAGUACGGCGGAAUGAGCUACCCGGGAUCAUCGUACAUCGCACCACCACCACCGAUGCACGGCGGAGAGUAUCCGCCGUCGCCGACACGGGCGUUCCCGUGCGACGAGUGCGCGCUGUCGUUCGACCGCAACCACGAUCUGAAGCGACACAAGAUGACGCAUGCGGGCGAGCGCCCGUUCGAGUGCCACGGAUGCGGCAAGACGUUCUCGCGGAAGGACGCGCUGAAGCGACAUCAGGUGGGCUGCGCGUCAUCUAUGCCGGGUGUGCGCGAGACUGAGCAAGCGCCCAGACGACCAAGGAAUGCGGGAUGCAGUGAUUGAACGAACAGUUUCUUCCUCUUAGUGUCACAGUAAAUUUAAUACAUCCAUCACAUUCAUUUUGUAUUCAAAGGCAAUAUGGCGAGUCAA